AAUUGCAAGAAAGUAUUUGAAUAAUUGCCAUCUAAACAAAUUGAAGUUUGCAUAAAUAAAAGAAAUGAAGUAGAAACACAAGUUCAGAAUCAAGAGUUUGUGCAUUGGGAGAAACUCACACACAAAUUACACACAGUGAAAAGACGGCUGGCCGGCCGGCCGUGAAUCGGAAGAACCACCGCCCGGCGAGUUGCUCCGCCACACCGAUUUUCGUAAUCCCCUAUCUUCAAAUUUUGAAGAAAAAAAGAAAAAAAAUUAACUUCAGCAAGUACUCUUCAAUCAAUUGUAAUUCAAAAUCAUCCCUUUUUACAUAUGCUCUGCAGAUCUUUUAUCCGAGGUUACCCACUUUCCCUUCUUACAUUCCCUUUUUGAUUGAACAUUUACUAUUCAAUUUAUUGAGCAUUUUUGUAGUUAAAUCUUGUUGUAUUUCCAUCUGGGAUUUUCUAGAACUUUCCAAUUUGGGCAAUUUUACGCAGUUCUUCGGGUUUAUUUUCGUGUGAUUUAAACUCAAUGUGAUUGAUCAAACUUGCAAUUUUGCUGUUUGCAAAUUUGGGCAAUUUUACGCAGUUAUUCGGGUUUAUUUUCGUGUGAUUUCAAUUCAAUGUGAUUGAUCAGACUUCAAUUUUGCUGAUUGCUUUCUAUUAGGUUUUGUUUUAAGGUGAUCAGGGUUCUUGAAUUGGGAUUCUUUAGUUUUUUAUAAGUUAGUAGAAGAACCUUUUUGAUGAAUUUCGCCCCCUUCGAUGAAUUUUCAGUUUGAUGCUUCGUUGAAUUGUGCACUCGAUAUGUCCGGAUCGGCCAAGAAAGAAGCGCGUCGGAAAUCGAGUAGAAAAGACGACGAGAGAACCUUGCAAAGCUUGAAACAAGAAUUGAAACCCCGUAAGAGAAAAGUCGGUAGCUUCUUACACGAAUGCAACGGCAAUACGAAUUUGAAGAGGAAGAUUGUGAAGAAAGCCAUCGUGUGUAAGACGAAAACCUCGAAAAAGCAACCUUCUUUGACUAGCCUGAAAGAAAAGCUUGCAACGAUUAGCAAGAAGAAGAAGAAGAAGAUUGAGAAAAAAGACGAUAGAGAUGAAAACCUUUCAAACUCAAAGAAACAGAGAAGUAGAAAGAAACGGAAAAACAACGUCGAGCUCGACGAAGCUUCGAAAUUACAGAGAAGGACGAGGUACUUGUUAAUAAGAAUGAAGCUCGAGCAGAAUCUUCUUGAUGCUUACUCUGCUGAAGGUUGGAAAGGUCAGAGUCGAGAAAAGAUUAGACCAGAGAAGGAACUGCAAAGAGCCAAGAUGCAGAUACUGAAGUACAAACUAGGCAUACGUGAGGCAAUUCAUCAACUGGAUUUGCUUAGUUCCAAAGGGCAAAUUAGUAAUUCUGCUGUUGCUCCUGAUGGAUCUGUUCACCACGAACAUAUAAUUUGUGCCAAAUGUAAGUUGCGAGAAGCUCUCCCGGAUAACGACAUUAUACUGUGUGACGGGACAUGCAACUGUGCUUUUCACCAAAAGUGUAUCGAUCCUCCGCUGUCAACUGAAAACAUCCCUCCUGGGGAUCAAGGGUGGUUUUGUAAAUUCUGCAAAAAGAAGAUGGAAAUAUUGGAAGCGACAAAUGCUCACCUCGGGACUCAUUUUCCCGUCGACAGUUCUUGGGAGGAUGUUUUCAAGGAGGAAGCUGCAUUACCCGAUGGUGGAAAUUACAUGUCGUGCCAGGGUGACGAAUGGCCGUCCGAUGAUUCUGAAGAUGAUGACUAUGAUCCGGAUCGAAACGAAUACAGUUGCAGCGAAAGUGCGUCUAAAUCCGAGUGCGGUGCAUCUGAUUGCAGCUCCAGUUUUAUAGUUGAAGAGAGACGCGGCAGAUCUGUUGAUAACUCUCUCGAGUUGAUCGGAGAAGAUUCUGAUGAUAUCAACAAUGCCGAAGUUGUGAGCCAUCCAAGACAACGAGCAUCGGUCGACUAUAUCAAGUUAUAUAAUGAAAUGUUUGGAAAGUAUGCUACCGAAAGUGAGCAAAUUAGUGACGACGAAGAGUGGGGGCCCACAAAAAGGAAACGGAAAGUGAAGGAGAGCGAUGCUGCGAGCACUCUUAUGACACUAGGCGAGACUGACGAAAAGAAUUCGGAAGAAAUAGCGUCGGAAUUGGACGAGAAUCGGCUUAUUAAGAAGAUGAGAAGACCGAUUUUCAGACUCCCACAUAAUGCAGUUGAGAAGCUUCGACUUGUUUUUGCUGAGAACGAACUACCGGCAAGAACUUUAAGAAUGAGUCUUUCGGAGCAGUUAGGCCUAGAAUUCGAGAAGGUCAACAAAUGGUUCAAGAACGCACGUUACUUAGCACUGAGGGCAAGAAAGCAAGCAGAAAGAGCACAAGUAUCUGAGAACGUUAGUCCCGUUCUUGAAAAGGAAUCCUUAUCGGAAACUUCAAAGGACGUCCAAUUUUAUCGAACGGAAUCAUCGGAAAAUACGACAUCACCGAAUCCAAAAAGCUCACACAAGUUUGUUAAAAGAAGGAAUUCCCAUUUGCUGACCAAUUCUUUCGAAAUAAAGCAGUGUAAUAAACGAUUGUUACAGACAGCAGCAAAUAGUAACCAGAUGAGUGUGGAUGUUGGAGAAGAUGUGAGCCUGAAACAGUUGAGAGAGAAAGCAAAGAAAGCUAAUAGGAAGAAGAAAUCGGAGUUAGACGAAAAACGAGAUGCUUUCGAGAGAGAGAUGGAAAGGCUUUGCGAAAUGAAGAGUAGAGUCGAAAAUUUGCAGCAGAGUCUACUUCAACUUCCAAUAAGGAGAUUUGGUAAUAAAACUAACUCAACUCACCUAUCUGUUAUUCUUGUACCAAUAGCACAACUCAAGGAGAAAACGUGACUCCCGUUUUUCGAUUUUUUUUUUUUUAUAAACUUUUUUACUAUGGCAUUUAUUUCUCUGCAAUCGGAGAGAUGGAUGUGUUUUUCUGUUUCUUUUUUUUUUCGGGGGUGAGUAGACACCGUUUCGAGAGCUCCGAAAUUUAAAAUUUUUGGAGUGAGUUGUACAUAAUUGUAACCGUGUAUUAUUAUAUUGAAAUUCGUUAGUAAAGAAUGAGAUUAUAUUAAUAGAUAAAGUAAAGGAGUUACGAAUC